UUCCUGAAGCGCAGGCAAGCAGAGCCUGGCUGUAGAGCUGCCGCCUCAACCUGCCCCCCUCCUUUCCCCGGCUGCAGGGGAAAGGGGCCCAGAGAGCGUCGGGAGGCCGAGGAGACCCCGCUGUGGCACCGAGGAGGAGCCAGGAGGCGUGCGAGGGGUCCUUGGCUCUUCCCCCGGAGACCGGCCCGUUUCCCCUCCCCUCCCUUCAACCCCCUUUGGGCGGGGAGGGGGCAGAAGCCGUGGCUUCUGCAGGAAGACAUGUGGGGGGCUUUGAGGCGAGAGUGGGGCGCCCAGGGGUCGCUCCCUGCUUCCUGAUUUCUUCCUCCUCCUCCUGGUGCUGGAACUGCGGAUUUGAAUUUUGAACCUAUCCUGGUUUUUAUUUUUGGAGAGGUAGGGGAGCAGAAGAUCCCCAAGCCACCUCCAAUCUUUUACCUUUCGGUUCUUCCUUCCCUCCGUUUGGACGUCUGUUGCUCCAUUUUUCUGGUUCUGUGGAAGGACGUGGCUGUUAUAUGAAGACGCUGUGUGGACAGUAAUGACCGCACGUUUCCGAUUGCCUGCUGGCAGAACCUACAAUGUUCGAGCAUCUGAGCUGGCACGAGACAGACAGCAUACAGAAGUGGUCUGCAAUAUUCUUUUUCUGGAUAAUACUGUGCAAGCUUUCAGAGUUAACAAACAUGAUCAGGGUCAAGUUCUAUUAGAUGUAGUUUUCAGGCAUCUUGAUCUGACUGAGAGAGACUAUUUUGGUUUACAAUUGGCUGAUGAUUCUACUGAUAACCCGAGGUGGCUGGAUCCAAACAAGCCUAUCAGGAAACAAUUGAAGAGAGGAUCGCCUCACAGUUUGAACUUCAGAGUCAAAUUUUUUGUAAGCGAUCCUAAUAAACUUCAAGAAGAAUACACACGGUACCAAUAUUUUUUGCAAAUUAAACAAGACAUUCUAACUGGAAGGUUGUCCUGCCCUUAUAAUACUGCUGCACUCUUGGCUUCUUAUGCUGCUCAGUCUGAACUGGGAGACUACAACUUUUCAGAGAACUUCCCAGGCUACCUCUCAGACUACACUUUCAUCCCUGGCCAACCUCAAGACUUUGAAAAAGAAGUGUCCAAACUACAUCAGCAGCAUAUAGGUUUGUCUCCAGCUGAAUCAGAAUUUAGUUAUCUCAGCACAGCUCGAACCUUAGAACUCUACGGAGUUGAAUUGCACUAUGCACGGGAUCAAAGUAACAAUGAAAUUAUGAUUGGAGUAAUGUCUGGAGGCAUAUUAAUUUAUAAGAAUAGGGUACGAAUUAACACCUUCCCAUGGUUGAAGAUUAUCAAAAUUUCUUUUAAGUGCAAGCAGUUUUUUAUUCAGCUUAGAAAAGAAUUGCAUGAAUCUAGAGAAACCUUGCUUGGAUUCAACAUGGUGAAUUAUCGAGCCUGUAAGAAUUUAUGGAAAGCUUGCGUAGAACAUCAUACCUUUUUCCGGUUAGACCGACCACUGCCACCCCAGAAGAACUUCUUUGCACAUUAUUUUACUUUGGGUUCAAAGUUCCGGUACUGUGGGAGAACAGAGGUCCAGUCUGUACAGUAUGGAAAAGAAAAGGCAAAUAAGGAUAGAGUAUUUGCCAGAUCCCCAAGUAAACCUCUGGCUCGCAAGUUAAUAAGUGGAAUGGAUUGGGAGGUUGUCAGCAGAAAUUCGUUGUCUGAUGAUCGGUUAGAAACUCAGAGCUUGCCAUCACGUUCUCCACCUGGAACCCCUAAUCACCGCAACUCUACUUUUACUCAAGAAGGAAACCGUUUACGGCCAUCUUCCGUUGGACAUCUAGUGGACCAUGUUGUCCAUACUUCACCAAGUGAAGUUUUUGCAAAUCAUCGAUCUCCUUCUUCCACACAGGCCAACAGUAUCAUACUAGAAUCAUCACCAUCUCAAGAGACCUCUGUAGAUGGGAAACCACCUGCACUGCCACCUAAACAAUCUAAAAAGAACAGUUGGAACCAAAUUCAUUAUUCACAUUCACAAUUAGAAUUGGAUAACCAUAUAAAUGAAACAUAUGAUGAUGACUCUUCCUCAUCUCCUGAAAAAUCUACACCCAAUGGUGGAAUUCCGCAUGACAAUCUCGUUCUAAUCAGAAUGAGACCCGAUGAAAAUGGAAGAUUUGGUUUCAAUGUAAAGGGUGGGUAUGACCAGAAGAUGCCAGUCAUAGUAUCCAGGGUGGCUCCAGGAACACCUGCAGAUAUUUGUGUUCCUCGUUUGAAUGAAGGAGACCAGGUUGUACUGAUCAAUGGCAGAGAUAUAUCAGAACAUACCCAUGAUCAGGUUGUCAUGUUUAUUAAAGCUAGCUGUGAACGGCACUCCGGUGAACUUGUACUCCUAGUUCGGCCCAAUGCUGUUUAUGAUGUGGUGGAAGAGAAGCUGGAGAGUGAGCCAGACUUUCAGUAUAUCCCUGAAAAGUUGCCACAUGAUGGAGUCCACCAAGAUGACAAUGCUCUGAGGGAAUCAAUGUUUCAGCUGGCGCAGGGGCUUAUUACUGGGACUGUCCUGGCUCAGUUCGAUCAACUUUAUAGGAAGAAGCCUGGGAUGACAAUGUCUUGUGCCAAAUUACCUCAAAAUCUUUCCAAAAAUAGAUACAGAGACAUUUCGCCUUAUGAUGCUACACGGGUCAUUUUAAAGAGUAAUGAUGAUUACAUCAAUGCAAAUUAUAUAAAUAUGGAAAUCCCUUCUUCCAGUAUAAUAAAUAAAUACAUUGCUUGCCAAGGUCCUUUACCCAAUACGUGUCCCGAUUUUUGGCAGAUGACUUGGGAGCAAGGUUCAUCCAUGGUGGUUAUGUUAACCACACAAGUGGAACGAGGCAGAGUAAAAUGCCAUCAGUACUGGCCAGAGCCCAGUGGAAGCUCCUCAUAUGGAAAUUUCCAGAUCACUUGCCACUCAGAAGAAGGAAAUCCAGCUUAUGUCUUCAGAGAGAUGACGUUGUGUAACCUGGAGCAAAAUGAAGACCGUCAGCUCACUCAAAUCCAGUAUAUCGCAUGGCCUGAUCAUGGGGUCCCUGAUGAUUCCAGUGAUUUCCUGGAUUUUGUAUGUCUUGUCCGGAAAAAAAGAGCUGGCAGAGAAGAACCAGUCAUUGUUCACUGCAGUGCUGGGAUUGGACGAACAGGUGUUCUUAUCACCAUGGAAACAGCUAUGUGUCUUAUUGAAUGUAACCAGCCUGUUUACCCAUUGGACAUUGUGAGAACCAUGAGAGAUCAAAGGGCCAUGAUGAUCCAAACUCCUAGUCAAUACAGAUUCGUUUGCGAGGCUAUUUUGAAAGUGUACGAAGAAGAACUUGUUAGACCUUUAAAGACAUCACUGCAUUAAUAGAAGGCAAACAAUAUUUUUCAGAAGAAUCCAUGUAAGACUGCACUUGUUGUGCCAUAACAUUGCUUGCAAGAAAUGAUGUCUGAAAACAAUGAAGAACUGAAAUGGACUUGGAAAAACUUCAGCACUGUUGCACUUUAUGUUAAAACUGAAAACUCUGGUCUCUAAAACACUAUGAUUUUUUCCCGUUUCUUGAAAGACUUCCUUUAUGCUUUGCUUCGAACAAACCACAGACUGAAUGAACUCCAUGCAUUCUGGAUAGCUUUCCAGAGUUUGUUGUAGUGCCAUAUAGUCCCUUUGGUUUGAACUGCUACAAAAGAAAAGCUUGGAACACUCUUGCUCUUUAUUUGACACCGCUCUCUUUUUUAAAGCAGCAACAAUACACAUAAAGCCAUUUCUUCUAGUGCUAAAAUUUAUUUGUCAUUAAGAUUCUUGUUGUCUUUUGUUUUGGUAAAAUGUUAGCAAUAUUAUUACUACUAAAUACACUGCCUAUGGAAGCAGCACAUUUUGCCCUAUGCUCUUCUAAAAAUCUAACCUGAUUUGUUGUGAAAAGCUGCAGUUUGUUCUAACCCAGCAGUUGCUGCAUAAAGGCCCAUUUAACCAGCAGCUUGGUUUAGAUUGGAGUAGAAAGAAUACUUAUUUAGAACUGGUAGCUGUCUCUCAGCAUGUCAUAACAAUUAUGUAUUUGGAAACAUCUGAUGAUAUCACCCAAUGGGAGAAUGCAUGAAUUUUGUCUUAACCCCCAAAGUGCCUAGAGACCUACAGUGUAUGUCUUAAUGGCAAGGCACCAAUAUUGCCCAAAAAGGGAAGUGUGAUCUUGAUUGGUUUUACUUUUUCAGAUUCACAUUUUAAAGCAUUGUCUCUUGGUGCUUAGAAUACGGUACUGUUGUGGGGCAGGGUCAUAGAAAUACCAUUCUUUUUCUACAAGUAUCUGCAUGCUCCUAUGUGUAGCAAAAACAUCCUGGCCUAUUAAACAUGUAAUCAUUGUUUACUCCUCUGAAAUGAAGUGGAAAAUCUAGCACAUUCCUUUCCAAUUGUAAAAUGUUAGCACAAAACAACAAACCAGUAUCAAAUUCUAGAGUUUUUUCCUUACUUUCAACUGUAAAAUUAGAAAAAAGCUUUGUUGUUUGAGUAGGACUUGACUUCCUAGUAACAUCAGUCUCCCACUUUUAAAGAUGAAAAUUCAAAGUGAACCUUCCCUGAUGUAAUUCAUACUUAUACCGGAUUGUGUUUUUAAAAGAGUGGGGGGAAAGGGAAGGGCGGAAUGAAAUGCCAUCAUUUUGUCUCCUAAAUAUGCAACCUUUCUGUACCUUGAUUAGGGUUUUCUGUUGUUUUGCGUAAUGAAACUGGUUGUUUAUUUAUCUCCUUUUAAAUUUGGUAGCCUCUAGAUGGAGGUAGUUGAUUAAUACAAUGUCUCAGCUCACUCAAGGGUAAUGUGUAAUCUUUUUUGUGGUUUUGGAAAUAUACAAAUUUAAUUCUAGGAUAGGAAAAGCCAAUUUGUUUAUGGGGAUGUUCUUCCUGUACAUCAAGUGUAUGUUUCAGACCUUUAUGAAAAUUUAAUCUGCCUUGUAUUUGAAUGCUUUAAUUAGGGACCCCAUUUAAAAACAAAAAAGCAGUCAUGGAAUGAAAUAUUUUUAAGAUGCCUUUUUAAAAAUAAAGAUCAUAAAGAGAGAAAGAAAGAUACAGUGAGGAUGGCUGUAGACUUCUAAGCAGAGCCCUGUGCAGAAUCCCAUACUGGUGUUUAGAGGCUCCUGCUAGUAAUAAGAGGAGAAGGUUAACUAACUAUUUGGCCUCUUAUCCUGCAAAUGCUUGCAGCCUCCAAAGUCAGCUUGAUGCUGCAGGAGGAAUCCUUGAGCAGAUUUUAGAGGACAUGCAGGAUUUCAGGGAGAAGAAAGACUCUCCAGAACUUUGAUUUGGACAAUGUGAAGUCUACAUCCAACCCAUGGCCUUGAAAAUGUAUUCCCAGUUCAUUUUACUUCUGUAGGGCAAAGAUACACCAACCUCAUUUCCUUUCAAGAAAAAGAGAAAGUUUUAAAGGCUUUAGUUUUUUUUAAAAAAAGAAUCUUGACUGUGUUACUUAUUUUAAAAGCAAAUUUAGUAGUCUGUUUCUGGACUUGGGAUUAUUAUCAUUAACUAUAUCUUCCUUUUUGGGUCACUAUGAAAAUGAAUACCAGCUAUGAAUGAUUUACUUUAUCCAGGUUGUAGUUCAAAUAGUAUUAUCUAUAUGGGUUUCUUACUAUCCAGUCUGUAAAAAACACAAUCUUUUUCUCUACUUACAAAAAUUGAAGCCAUUCCUAAAAUGCACUUCUAUUUGCCAUCUGUGAAAAUAAGAGAUGAUUCUUGGUGACUGCUUAGAAUUGUGCUGUGCUGUCACCUAAAUUAUCUUUAGAUACCAGUGGAAGGAAGGAAUGUUCACCAAUUUGGGGAAAGUCUGCAGUGGUGGUUCUUAUGAAACAAUAUUACAGCAAGCCCAAAGAGGAAUACAGUAGAGUCUCACUUGGAUAAGCGAAUAUGUUGGAUAAUAAGAAGGGAUUAAGGAAAAGCCUAUUACACAUCAAAUUAGGAUAUGAUUUUACAAAUUAAGCACCAAAACAUCAUGUUUAACAACAAAUUUGACAGAAAAAGUAGUUCAAUAUGCAGUAAUGCUGUGUAGUAAUUACUGUAUUUACGAAUUUAGCACCAAAAUAUCACAAUGUAUUGAAAACAUUGACUACAAAAACAUUGACUACUAAAAGGCAUGCUGCUUUGGAUAAUCCAGAAUGUUGGAUAAGCGAAUGUUGGAUAAGUGAGACUCUACUGUAAUAGUAAAAGUAAAUGCUUCUGUAGUAAUAAUCUUACUUUGAAAAGGAUUGGCACCUGGUAAGUUUUUAUGCUUUUGAUUUGGUUAGUAUUUAUGUUGUUUUGUGUCAUGACAUUUGUUUUCAGGACUAUCUUACAUACUUGUGGCAUGUUAAAUUUACAUAUGAAAUUGUUUGCAUUCACUCUAGCAAAAAAAAGUACAAUUCUACUGUUGCCAAACAUAUACGUGAAAACAGCAUUGCCCUUUUUAUAAACUAGAUGGAAGAGAAAAACUAGAAGGUGUGUGUGUGUGUGUGUAUAUAUAUAUAUAUAUACACACACACAUAUACACACCCUUGGUAUUUUUACAUGUGCUGAUAUUUUACCUAUAUUGAUAUUCUUAUGAGAGUUUGCCAAAGCAAUCUGAAGCUGUGAGUAACCUUUAUCCCACAGUGUAUACUUUUGUUGGGGUGUAGUUUUGAUUUUUCGUACAUUGAUCUAACAUAAGAGAUAGAAACAUUAGCUGCCUUAAAGUCUCAAUCUCCCCGAUAUAAACUGAUUCAGGUUUACAGUCAGUGUCAAUGAAGAAAUAUUUGAAGAGAUUACUUUGGCAGCUCAUUGGCUAAUCAACAAGCUACAGAAAUGUCCCUCAAAUGUGCAUAUAUGAUAAAGGAAGAAUGAUAAUAAAGCAUUGUUAUGCCAUAAAAGAGAAAUGUCCAUAAAAUUCAUCUUCCCAUUGUGGUAUAAAUAGCCUUUUACUAAUAUUUUUAUAUGGCCUAAAAGUUAAUAUUGCUAAUUACUUUGCAUUGGGUUAUGAAGAUAUGUAUCAAGCUAAAAAGAAAAAGAAAACAUAUUUUUUGUAUGUGCUUCAUUCUGUACAAAACAUGAAUGUAUGCUUCAGGCAUAAUUACAUAAAAGUGAUGAGUGCUUUGGAUGUUGGAUUUCAUGGAUAAUUAUUUUCUUACUAUUUCCUAAAAAAAGAUGGGGAAAGAGAAAUUGUAACACUUCCUGUUUUUUUAAUUCAAGUUGUUUUCAUUGUAAAUAAGAGCAAUGGGGUAAUAGUUUUGUGCCAAUGUAUGUUAAAAAUGUAUGUUUUUUUAUCUUGAAGACUAUGAUUAUUUAAGGUACUUUUGAAGGUUGUCUACUGCAGAAAUCUAGGUUUCUUUCAAGACUUGUUAAAGUUGCUUCUUUGCCUUUUUAGUUGUGUGGCUUUUUGAGUGAUGGGAAUAUAUUUUAAAGUAAGUUAAAUAUGAAGUACUCACUGUCAGUCAUUCUCUGAUAAAGACAGUUAAUCAUCCCACUUAGAGAUGUGAGGAAAUUACGGGGGAGGGGGGCAUUAUUAUUGGAUUAUAAGUUCCAAUAGCCCUAACUAGCAUAGCUAUUGUGGAAAAAUGCUGGAAUUUGCAGUCCAACGUGAUCUGGAGGGUUACAUGAUCCUCAGUAUUAACAUGAAGCAUGGUCCCAAAUAAUGGCGGUGGUUUAUCCAUUUACGGUAGUGCAGUAGUUUUUGUACAACAUUACUACUAGCAUUAGAACAAAGUUGGUUUUUAUGUAAUUAUUGGUAUUUCCAUUUCCAAAAUGUGCAUUCUUGAGCAAUCUUAGUGUAGAAUGAGGCAAACCAUAAGCUUGUUAAGCUAAAGCCUUAGACAUUUUCUCUGAAAUACUAAACUCACAUUUAAACCCAGUAGUACAAACUUUUCACAAAUGUCAUUCAUGUUGCAACUUUGGUUGGUAGCUUUCUUCCGAAUUUUAUGAAUAAGUUCUUGUAAAACAUUGUAGAGUUAGUGCAGACCGCAGUGUAUUAGUAUCCUGUGGAUACCAGUAUAGAAAUGAUACUCUCCUCUUAUAACAGAAGGUACAAAAUGCAAGUGAAGAGAGAUGGGGAGAGGUUUUUUGGUAUAAGCGUUCAGGCCAGGACCUUGCCACCAACCAAUGUGCAGAUGAGAACAGCAUCAUCUGUGGAAGAGAGAAAAAUAACAAAAGUGCUUUAGCUGCAGCUUUUGGGGAGGCCAAGAAGUGGAAAGGUAAUGCAUAGAGUCUCAGCAGCUUUCGUGUAUCAUGGAGCAGAGCUCCUCUAGUGUUUUGGAAGCUGAUCUGUUUGAUCGGGUGCAGAAUUACAAGUAUGUGGCCAGCUGUUGGCAACCGAUGGUUCCUCAAGCCUUUGAAAGUCUUGUGGGAUUUGUAACUCAUGUGUUAUAUUAACCCCUUGUGUAUUUUGUGUAAGUGCCUUUCCUUACUCUUUAAAUCAACACUUGGAAAGGAGUCAAGACAUCUGGUACUAUACCAUUCCCCCCGCCACAUAAUUUCACUAAUAGCAAGAUUCACAAAUGGCUGGGGGACUGCACAUGUUGUGCAAAAGAAACUUCUGCAUGUUAUGCAAACAUUUGUAUUUCAGCAUUAUAACCAGGAUCUAGUUGUCUGCAUGUGUAUCUCACCAAUGCAAAUAGAGGGCAAAUUGAAAGUACAGUAGAGUCUCACUUAUCCAACGUUCUGGAUUAUCCAACACAUUUUUGUAGUCAAUGUUUUCAAAACAUUGUGAUAUUUUGGUACUAAAUUUGUAAAUACAGUAAUUACUACAUAGCAUUACUGCAUAUUGAACUACUUUUUCUGUCAAAUUUGUUGUAUAAUAUGAUGUUUUGGUGCUUAAUUUGUAAAAUCAUAACCUAAUUUGAUGUUUAAUAGGCUUUUCCUUAAUCCCUCCUUAUUAUCCAAGAUAUUCGCUUAUCCAAGCUUCUGCCGGCCCGUUUAUGUUGGAUAAGUGAAACUCUACUGUAAUAACAUGAAGAAAGCCAUAAGGAAGAGCUCCCAUUGAAAUUAGUGAGACUUUGGGUUCUGAUGACAUGGAAAUUAAUGGAAAGACACCAACAAGCCUCUGAGCAUGCAUAACUGGAAAUGAAUUUCUUUUAGUCAGCUGGAUGGACUUUGGAAUAAAUCAGGCUCCUGCCUUAAGCACAAAUACUGCAACUUGGAUAUUUAGGUACUCCUAUGCAAGUGAAAAGUGUGUGUUUGCAAAAGGUUAUGCCUCAUCAUUUCUCUUGAUUUUCCUCGUUUCACAUCCUCCCCUUCAUCCCAUGCCAGUCUAGAGAAUCUGUGCUCCUCAGAAGUGGGUUUCUGGAGCUGCAGCGAAGAGGAGGUGAUAAGAAAGCUUAAAUGUUAGCUAUAGGCUUAAGUGGCUUGUCAUUUGUGAUCUACAGAUCAUUUAUUGAAUUUUAAAUCUGUAUUGGUUGCGCACUUGCUUUGGGGUACUUUUGAUAGGUUGCUUUGUUUGUAUUUGUGUUCCCUUUCUAGCCGUAAUAUCCAGUUGCCAUUUAAAACAAACUGAGCCUUUACUUCCAUUGUUAGGCAAUAGUACCAUUUCAGUUUGUGCCAUUGCCACCUAUCACAGAGAAAUAUACUAAAUUAAUACUAUAUUAAGUCCACUAUGUAACAAAGCAGCAUUUUAAAAAAUUGCAUGGACAACUGUGUUAAACUGAAUUCUGGAAAUGCUGUAAAGGAGAACUAAUAUAUAUGCUUUAAUUCAGUUAUUGCAGCCAAGCUAGGAAUGCAAACCAAAGCUGAACAGGAUGCUUUUCAAUCUUCUGAAUGGUUUAGUAAAUGAAAACUAGAUGUUCAUCUUUGUGAAGGGCAGCUUGCCUUGUUGGAGGCUUAACUUUAAAGUCCAUACACUAAAUGUUUGUUCUCAUCAGCUACAAUCUGGAUAAAUAAAUCUUAUGAGAUAGUUAGGAAAUACAUUCUGUGGGAAAAUGGUAAAAUUAUAUUGUCUUAAACCAAAUGUUAUUGGCAUAUGGUUUAUUUGUAGAGGGAUAUUUGAAGACCACUAUGUUAAUAUUUUAGAAAUGAUUUAUUUGGAAACAAAGAUGGCAAUACUCGGGAAGUGGGGAGAGCUUGACUGACUAUUUACUGGUAGAAAUACUUGAUAUUUAACAUAAUUUUAAAUAUAUUUCAUCUUGAAUUUCAAAAUAGCACUUUAUCAAAUGCUUUACUACUGACAUGAUUUUUUGGGAGAAAACAUGUUUGCUAUCAGACUGAGGAGAUGUUUAACUGACUACUAUAUGGAGCGGAUUGGGUUUUUUCUGAGCAUGAAUGCUUCUGGAUGUUUUUUCCAUCUGUCUUAUGACACAUUUCAUUAAUUACAAAAUCUUAGGUCUGCCACAUUAUAUAUGAAAAAUUAAUCUCUAUGUAUCAACCUGUAGUGCUAGUGCAGAUCUGAUAAACUAAGCAUUUCUCUCCCGAUUUUAGAAUUGUAAUCAUCAUAAGCAAUGGCCCUAAAAAGAACCCUCACAACAUAGCAGCUUAAACAUUUCUUAUGAUUUCUCAGUGUUAUACUCAACUAUACACAGUUUACUCUGCUGAGAUCCAAUUGGGUCUUCAGAUAGCUUUCCAUGUACACCUCAGUUUUGACAGUCUAUCCUUAAUAUUUUAGAUUGGCUUCCAAAAAACCUUGGGGAGCCACACAUGGUCACUAUAAUGCAAAGAGAAAGCGGAUAGUCUCUGAGUGGACAUGGAAAUACAUGUGUGUAUUCAAUGAGUCCUUUGGAUUCUGGCUUGCAUGUAUUCCUGCUUAACAUUUUUUAAAUAUUUGCUUAAAAGUCUGGAAAUUGGUCUGGAUUUUUGUACUUGUUUUGUUAAACUAUAUGUAAUGAGUAGGCAGUGCAAAAAAUUAAAGGGAAAAGGCUGUAAUUCUUAUAGGCAGAAGCUAUAAUAUGGUCAGAGGGGUGAAAACAGUUCAUCCCACAGUUGCUUUGUUUUUCUGUUAAGAAGAGAGGGGGGGGGGGGAUUUCCCAGUGUAGUUACCGCCACGCAUUAGGAACUGGGCUUCAAAUUUAACAUUUGUUCAUAAGGAUAUGAAAUCAAUGAUCUGCUUCUCCUAGCAAAUUCUAAAAAGACAUUUUUAUGUUUGUGUGUGGGGUUUUUUGUUUUGUUCUCCGGCAGAGGUGCUAUAGUCUAACGUGUAAAUAAUACAAAGGGUGUAAAAUCCAAUCUUGUGUCUGGAUCAUCUUCACAGUCCUAUGAGUGACCAUAUUUAUUUAUUUGUGUUGCUAGUGGUAAUGACUUUGCCUUUCUUCUGUGACUUUGCAUUGUCCAGUUCAGCUGGCUGUUGCACUGCUUAGUGAGUUGGCUUUCAGCGCCUCUACCGCCCAGUGUAAUUGUGCAUUGUCCACCCAUCAUCACACAGGUUUGUUUGCAUAUAAAUGGAUGUCUCUGAACUUGUGUUUACAUUUUUAAAAAAUAAAAAUCACAAAGGUUGUUCAGCUAAGAGCAGCUCUACACUAAGCAGCAGGAAAUUUGCUCCAUUGAAAAUUACAUGCACUUGAAUUUGAUCAACACUGGACAAUGUAAAAAAAAAAAAAAUCAGCGUUUUUCACUGCAGCUACUGUAUGCUUUAAAAGGGCCUUAUGGCCUAAAUCCAAUUAUUAGUUCCAGCUAGACCUGGGGCUCAAGGUCCACUGAAGUGAAGUGAAGUGAACCCAUAGAUAAAUCCCUGCGAUUUAAUGGGCCUGCUCUACGUUUGGUUAACAAUUGGAUUUAGGCCUAUGUAUCUUACCUGCGUUGGAGUAAAAGAGAGUUCUUGCCAUUAAUAAGGUACACUAAUGUUAUGCAUACUAUACCAGCAGCUCCCCUGAGGGAAAAAAUAAAUACUUAACAUUUAACAAAUCUUGUUUUUAGUCUUAAGAGCAAUUUCAUUCUAUUAUGUGAAAUAUAUGCUGUUAUACAUAUUUUGUGGAUAUAUUUAAUUUUGAUUGACAAAUAGUUGUCUAGGUAAAAACUUGAAAAAUAUAGUUUACUUGUGGAUCUUAAUUGUUUAAUUGCAAAAUAAAGAUGUGCUUUAGUAA